AAUUGAUCCUCUAUUUUUAUUUGUUCUAUCUCCUUUUCUUAUUCAGUUCCAAGACUUUGACAUUUUCUUUCACUUAUUAGAAGAGGUGUCUACGUGUGAAUAUGUUUUCCAACCUUUUGAAAAUUCAAUUGCGAUCAAUCUUACUCGUAGCUAGCUUCUCAGAAAAUUCGCACCUUUUUCUUUUUUCGUUUUCUCUCACGCUCUUCUUCAACUUUUGAUCAUUGAUAAUUAAAUUCAAAAAAUAGAACGGAUGCUGCAAAAUUAUAGGAAAAUUCUAAAUUUAUUGCUCGAUUCAACUUGGGCGAAAGCUUUUGAAAAUUUAGACUUCAAGAGAACAGAAAAUAUUUUUUUCUUCGGCUUACUCAAAUUGCGAUCUUUCUUCAUAUGUUGAAAAGAAGAUGUUAAUUUCUCAGAAAAUUUCGCGCGGAUCGAGUUCGUAAAUUUUGAAGAAUGUUGGGAGUUUUUUGUGCCUGCUUUUUAAGCCCAUUUCUAAAUUUCGUACCUUUUUUUUUCGUAAUUUUUGAAUUUUUUUCGAUCGGAGGACACAGAUAAUACUAGACACCACAUGUUUUCGCCAUUUUCAAAAAUUGGACAAAAAUGGAAUAAUAAACUUUGGCAGCUGGGAAAUUGGUUCUGAGGUGUAGGUGGUAUUUCGUUGAUUACUUCUAUUCUAAUGUUUUCCAGUUUUAAGAAAUGACUAUCAAAAAUCAAUAUUUUUGCUUUAGAGAAAAAUUUCAGAGCUACUAUUUUUAAUAAGCUUCAUCUUCACAAUACCUAGGUACUACAUAGUAAGGUUGUUAUCAUGUUAAUGCGUUGUUCAUUUUCAGUCAAGUAGGUAAUACACAACGAAGGUACCUAACCUUGAUUUUCACCUUCUAUUGUACCUAACUGGAUGAGUUGAACUAGCCAGAAUUAUUACUUAUUUGGGAUGUGAAUAUUUUUAAUACCUAUUCAAAUUUCAGCUUUUAAAUUAAUAAAGGAAGAAAAAUAAAAAUUGAAUUACGCAACCUCAUUGAAAUCAAAGCAAUCUGAUGCGUUUGAAGUUUAUUGAAUUUCUUGGAUCAUAUAUUGCAGAUUAAGCGAGCCAUAUUAUGUAUAGAUAGAUGUGUGCCUAAACAAAUAUUUCAUAAUACUUUCUCAGAUUACCUCUAAAUGAGAAGGAGCCGAGAAGGAAGUAAAAUUGAAACUCUAUUUAGAAAUAGGUAUGUAAUAUUGAAUAUGUAGCCAAUUUGUGGAAGUUUGUACGUAUUCGUGUACUAUUUGAAUUUUAACCAGAUAGACAAAUUAUUUAUCUUCGAAAACAUGAACCCAUUGAUUUUCCCGAUUUUAUGUUUUUUCGUAACCGAAGUGCGAUCAGAAAAAGCUUUACUUCUUAAUAUACACGACGGAAGCUAUUGGGGGGACCUUGCAGACGUUUGGCACAAUAAUACCGCUAGCGAAUAUAGAUGUGAAGACAAAUAUAUUGCCGCGUGCCCAGCUUCCAGCCCUCUAGAGCAGCAAUUCGACAAAGAUGUCUCGUUGACUAAACAAAGCGUAUUCUCGCGGUUAAUUUUGUGGAGAAAUCAAUCACUGGAAGACAGUGAUGUUGAUUUUUGUGAAAAGUCGUACGAACCUGCGAUGAUUUAUAAUUCACGUACGAAAGAGUAUGAAAUCGGAUACGAGCUGUAUUUUUUUAGAAACGAAUCCGAACUUGAGUACAGUACAAAAGAUGAUUAUCAUAAUUAUAAAACGGUAAAUAAAGAAAAGCACACUUAUAACAUUGAGGAUCAAACAAUAUUCAACGGUACCUCUGAAUUUGUAAUUAGAUACGAAGAUGUCAACCACAUUAUGUUUAAUUUCACCAAUGGAUAUCCCUCUCUGGCUUUUUAUUGGAUACAUAUACUGUCUAUAAAAUGCUCGAAAAACAAUAAACACGUGGUAUUCAAAGGAAAUAUUAGAAACCUUGGAAAUUUGAAGGACCAAUGCAAAAAUUAUCGAUUUGCUGAUGAAGAAUUGUACUCAAAGACUAAUCAGAAAAAAUGUUUAAAAGACAUUUUAGUGCCUUCGUCCUCAUUUAAAGGAAACCCUGAUCUGUCGUGUGGGCAACCUUACGGAUGUUUAACGCCAUCCCAGAUACUUCCACUGUGGUAUUUUGCCUCGAUCUCAUCAGUCAGGCUCGCCAGUUGUUCGCAUUUAAACUUAAUACCGGUAUGGAAAAGCAUUGCAGAAGGAAAUUUGAGAAGAGUCGAUCUUUUCAUAGGUGCAAUUAUCAAGAAAUCAAAUGGUAACGAAGUCAUUUUUGGUGUGAACGGAGUUUUGAAAAUGACGGUACCGCGCGGUAGGCGAAGAAUGUAUUUACCCGAUUAGCGCUCGGUGGCAGUAAAAUUGCCAACUGCCAAUUGUGAACUUUUGGCAAAAAUUCGAGUAAAAGUUGGCAAAAUCUCCACCAAUGAAAACGUUUUAUUUAAUAGCCAACUUGACAAUUAGUUGGCAAAAUUUUUGCCAACUAAUUGUCAACAGAGGCAUAUUUUUGUCAAUUACAUAUACAUUUCGUUUUGCCAACUAAUUACCAAAAAGGCAAUAUUUUUGUCAACUACUCACAUUUUCAAAAUAACGGAUACAUUUUUGAAUUUUAAAUUUCAAAAAUCAAAAAUGAAGGGAAGGGUUGCAUGUUUCAGCUUUUUGACUUCAGAAAUGGUAUUUUUCCAUCAUGUUGCAUUUUUCCAACCUAUAAUAUAUCACUAAAAUUUCCUGACCUAAGGGGGGUUCGAACCUGUGUUCUCCUGCACCUAAAACCCUACACCUAACCCUACAGCUACCAGUACUACAAGAAGAAUUGGACAUAAAAUGAAUUCUUAUCAUUUGCUUGCAGGCUCGUGUUGCUAAUUGCUUUGAUUUAGGCCAUGUCAAAAAAAUUUACGAAUAUUUUUGGUGGUAAAAAUUCCUUAAAGUAGUGCCUAGAUUUUUUUAAAUUUUAGAGACACCAAAAAUUUUAAAGCUAAAUUCAGAAAUUUUUUAAAUUCUACUUCAGAAAUAAAAUAAAAAUAAGAAAAUCAAUU